AUGUUUACACAAACUGGCCUAUGCUUUAUCUUAAUAAUAAUUAUAUAUUUCAAUACAGCUAGUUCUAUUCCAUCAACAACGAGAAAUAUCGAAGAUCAAGAUGAAAAACGAUCAUCUAUAGCUGUGUCUGAACAAUUUGAUUCAGAUCCUGAUUAUCUGUUGGCUAAUCAUCCACUUUAUGAUAAUGAUGAUGAUGAUGAUGUGAACAAUGAUGGAAUGUAUUAUCAGAAAAAAAGAAGUAUAAUGAAGAAAUGGUAUGAAUUCUUCCAAAGACCAAAUUCACCUUAUACUAUUGCAUUUCCAGCUCUUCUUCGUUCACGUCGAUGA